AAUAGCUUGUUGGUGGGUUUUAUUGGUACGUUUUGGCACACUGGCCCUUUAAGAACAUUCAGGAUCUUGACCUAUCCAAAAAUGGUUCUGAUUUUGACCCAGAGUGGUUGGACUUCCUUAUCAGCAGUGAAUAAAGUGCAGGUUUAGGCCCGGCCCAUGGUGCAGCGGACUCUGACCCACUCAGCAGCCGCGCUGUAAGUCCAGCAUGUCUGUGCAGAGACAGCCCGUCGCCAACCUCUUUGUCUCCUCAUACAAUGACAGACGGUCCAGUGCGGCGCUUUGAGGAACUGCAGAAACUUGUAUGAUCGAUCGUUAGACGGAUCCGGCUGAAGCAUGGCGCUGCGGGUGCACCUCCUGGCCUGCGCCUUUGGCCUGGGCUCCUGGGUGGCGGUGAACGGCCUGUGGGUGGAGCUUCCCCUCAUCGUCAACGCUCUGCCUGAAGGCUGGGAGCUCCCCUCGUACCUCACGGUCAUCAUCCAGCUGGCCAACCUGGGCCCCCUGCUGGUCACCCUCAUGCACAAACUGCGCCCCGGUCUUCUCAACGAGCGCGCCGUCAUUUACUCCAUCCUCUUCAUCGGCAUCGCCUCCUGCAUCCUGCUCGUCUUCUUCUGGGACAAAACUACGGUUGUGGCCGGGGCGUCGCGCAGCACCGCCUUCUUCAUCAUCACCUUCUUCCUCUCUCUGGUGGACUGCACAUCUUCAGUGACCUUCCUACCUUUUAUGAUGCAGCUUCCAGCUAAAUACAUCACCACUUACUUCAUUGGAGAAGGGUUGAGUGGUUUCAUCCCCGGUGUCAUUGCUUUGGCGCAAGGCGUCGGCAUGGCCAAGUGCGUCAACAGCUCUCACACGUCAGGAAACCACUCAGACGAGGAAGUGUGGUCAUUGCAAACACAGUAUCUUCCUCCAAACUUCUCCACAGAGGUGUUCUUCUCCUUCCUGGCGGCCAUGAUGUGCAUUAGCUUGGCUGCGUCCAUUGGGCUGAACAGGCUGCCUCGGACAUACGAGCUGUCUACAGAAAACCUUGUGCCGGACACGGUGGGCCCAAUCAGCUCCGGGCUGGACAACCCAGCAGCAGAAACUGAUGGCAAGAAAAAUGAGCAGGAAGGAAAAGAGAAGAGCAAACCUCUGCUGGCUGAACCACAAUACUCCAUUUCCGAGCUGGUCUUCAUGUACCUCCUUGUGGUUUGGGUCAACGCUCUGACUAAUGGACUGCUGCCAUCGGUCCAGACGUAUUCCUGCAUGUCGUAUGGGAAUCUUGCCUAUCAUCUGUCUGCAGCUUUGGCCUCAGUGGCCAACCCAGUGGCCUGCACUAUUGCAAUGUUCUUCCAGAGCAGGUCUCUGAUGUUUCUUUGCGUCCUGACCGUGUUGGGUUCAGGCUUCGGCGGCUAUAAUAUGGCCAUGGCAGCUCUGAGUCCCUGUCCUCUGCUGCGUGGGUCUGCCCUGGGAGAGGCGAUCAUUGUGCUCUCCUGGCUCUUGUUCACUGGGACGCUGUCUUACGUUAAGGUGAUGGUGGGAGUCAUCCUGAGAGAUCGCAGCCACAGCGCCCUCGUGUGGUGCGGAGCUGCAGCACAGGUGGGCUCGCUGGUGGGCUCCGUCACCAUGUUCCCGCUGGUUAACGUUUACCGGCUCUUCAAGUCGGGAGACUUCUGCAACACUGAGUGUCCGUUAUGACAGUCAGCCUGAAAGUCUCAAGACUCUCAAGUACAGAAACAGAUCUGGAUGUUUGUGUAUUUAAUUACUUUAUAGCAGCGAAAUACCAAAAUGUAUGACAGAGUGCUAGGGCCAGGCUAAGAAAAAAUUAAAUAAAAGGUAACACUUUAUUUGAUGGCGUGUGCAUAAGACUGACAUGAUACUGUCAUAAACAUAACACCUGUUAUGAAUAUGAAG